UCUUUUGUCGCCAUUUUUCAGCUUCCGAGCGUUUUUAUUCAAUUGUGCUGGUUUGAUUGGUUUGAUAAAAAAAAAUUAAUUAAAAAUUUGGAAGAAAUGGAAGAAAUACGACGCGGGGAUCCGGAGACUCACGCCCUGCUUGAAGCUCAUAAAUUCAACAACCUGACGCUUAUGCUGCUUAACGAAGAACGCCUAAAAAAAAUAGGCUUAAAAGAAGAUCCGAUUCUCUUUGUUUUGGAUAUCAUUGAAAAGACAAGGAACGCGAAUUCACCUACAUUGAGAAUUGAAGACGCUGAGAACAUUUCCCCGAUUCGGAUCAAGCUUCAAAGAAAUUCCAGAUUUGCCCAAAACGUUCUCUAUAAAAAACUGGAUAAACAGCUGCCCCUUGACCACAAAGAAUUAUGCCAUAUGGUUCGAAUACUCUGCGAUGAUUGGAAGAAUCGAGUUUUCCUACAAAAUUACCCAACAACGGCGGAGCAACAGGAAAUGGCCCAACAAAUUUUGAAUGCAUUCCCUUAUCUAAGGAAUACACCUGGGAACGAUUCAACUACACUUUUUUCAAAAAAUAGUGGCAAAGGUACAGGCCAUCGUCAUUCAGGGAUCAUCCACAAUUUUUUCCGCAACCUUUGCCAUCAUGUUCCGGCCGAGUCCAAAAAAUUUACAAGAUCGCCCAAACCAGGAAUACUAUCAGAGGAAAUAGCCAAUUAUGCAACCAAUCUUAGUCUCAUUGAAGGAACGGCUGAAAAUUUUUCCUAUAUCAAGGAGGAUAUGGCUAAGUGUUUGCCUUGCUCAACAAUUUGAUACUUCUAAAAAAAACUCCUAAAUCGAUUUCGGAAACAUUACCACACUUACUUGCUUACGGAGGACAAAUAAUUGUCGAAAUGUUCGCUGAGAUGAAACCUGACCAUAACAAACAUGCAAAUCUGAAUAACGUUUGUUCGAAAGGUUUGCUGUUCAAACCUACUACUUUCAGCCGGGUCGAAGAUG